AUGUUCGACCAGAAGUCUUCCAGUCAUGAGCGCAGGGCCUUUCUGCAGGCUAUCUUGGAGCAUGAAGAGCAAGAUGAGGUCUGGGGCCAAGACGAGGAGGAUGAGGUCCCAGACGAUGAGACGGUCAACCAGAUGAUUGCCAGAAGCGAGGAGGAGUUUGACCAGUUCAUGUAUAUGGAGUCUCUUCAUUUCUCUCAAGCAGGCAAUAGAGGAGGGAACACUGGAAGAGAUGGAAGAAGAGGUGCACCACAAAAAGACGACCUGCAAGAGGAAGAGGGACCAUGGAAAGAGGCAGAGAAGAAGAUGAAGAAGAUUGUGGACGCUGUCAUCAAGUACAAAGACAGUGCCAGUGGGCGUCAGCUGAGCGAGGUCUUCAUCCAGCUGCCAUCUCUAAAAGAGCUUCCAGAGUACUACGAACUGAUCCGCAAGCCUGUAGACUUCAGGAAGAUCAAGGAGAGGAUUCGAAGUCACUGCUACCGCAGUCUGGGUGACCUGGAGAGAGACGUCAUGCUGCUCUUCCAAAAUGCUCAAACCUUUAACCUUGAGGGAUCACUGAUAUAUGAAGACUCCAUCGUGCUUCAGUCGGUGUUCACCAGUUUGAGGCAGAAGAUCGAUACGCAGGAGGAAAGCAUGGGAGAGGAGCAUGAGGAAGAGGAGGAGGAGCAGGAGCAGGAGGAAGGAUCAGAGUCAGAAUCGAUCAACAGGUAUGCAGCCAUGCCCGCAGAAGCCAAGCAGUCGCGUUCUGUUGCUCUCUACAUUGUGCUGCCGAUAAUCUGCACCAAGUGA